AUGGCUGGAGGCUCUAGUUAUAAGCAAUCAGGGCCAGCGAUAGUCUUCAAAGAUCUGUACUCAUCAAGUGGUGACGACGGCAAUGCGAGUGGCACAUUUGAACACAACGACGCACUCAUGCACGGCAGCCUGCACCACCACGCCAACGGAGGACUACUAUCACCAGG